AGAAAAGAACUCCCCCCAUACAGCUUCCCCUCCAGAAAAAAAAAACAUACAUUACCAGCCAACCAGGAAAGCAUACGAAAAUCAUGCAGAGCGACAUCCCCACCUUCCUACUCGACCACAUCCUCCUGCACCUACCACUGCACGACCUCAUCAACGCCCGCAGGGUCUGCAAAGACUGGAACGCAACGAUCCUCUCCCGCCAGCGGUUACGCCGGACACUAUUCCUCCAGCCACCCACAAUCGACGCCGACCUCCUCCGGCAGCCGGUAGCGAUACACCCCGUGCUGCAGCGACUCCAGAGCAACUGGGCCUCGACCUCGGAGCCGAUCGUUCUCACGCGAGCACCAGUAGAACGGCCAUUUCCGAACCGCCAAUGUGUUCACGCGGGGGGAAACUUCGGUUCCGCACCGAUCGAGGUGGAUGGUCCGGAUGGUCUGGGUUGUCCGGAUGAGAAGGACGCCGAGAAGGAUAUGGAAGCUACAAAGUCCGGGCCAACGCUCAAGAUGGCCACCGGCGUGCUACUCAAGGAUUCGCCGGUAAAGGAGCAGUACGCUACCGAGCCGGCUCUCACUACCUUUGUCAUCGUGCUGCCGACUUUUCAGCUGCUCGUCGUGCGGCCGCAGGGCGUGCGCGUGUGGGAUGUGGCUAUGGGCGUCAAGAGACUGUUUGAUAAGGUCUCACGGGAAAGGAUGGACGGGUUCAAUAGUAGUUGUUUUGCGACGCUGAAUGGGUUUCGCCAGACGAAUCGCAUGCGCCAUGAGAGUCUCAGUCGGAAAUUCAUCACACUGUUUCGGUACGACGAGGAGGCUGAGAGCGACGAGGAAGGGGAAUCCGAUCAAGGGACAGUUAUUGAUCAAAUCUAUAAAUGCAACUGUACGCGCACAGUGACAGCUAGAUCUCGUGCGAGGGGAUGAUGACGAAUGGGCAUAGUAUGGCGUUUUGGAGUAUAUUACACAUAAAGGGGGAAUGCAGCACUUGAGGGAAUACGGAUCAUUUAGGUUUUUAUAUAGCGGUCAAUAAUAUAGAGUCGUAUCCAG